AGAAAAAACCCUAACCCUAACCCUGGAGAUGCAGUCAUGGACUUUGCGGAGUUGGAGGCGAUCGAAGGCCUCCGAUGGCCGUGGAAUUCAUGGCCGCCAUCCGCCUCCUCCUCCGCCGAACUCGUCGUCCCUCUUAGCGUUCUCUUCACUCCGUUGAUGCCCGUCUCCGACCUCCCUCUCCUCCCCUACGACCCCUUGUCCUGCUCCUCCUGCUCCUCUGUCCUCAACCCUUACGCCCGCGUCGACUACCGCUCCGCCGUCUGGUCCUGCCCCUUCUGCCUCGUCCGCAACCCCUUCCCCCGUGCCUACGCUGGCAUCGCCGACCACAACCUCCCUGCCGAGCUUUUCCCCACUCACAGCACCGUUGAGUACCUUCUCAGCAGGAGCCCUGCUUCCUUUGAAUCUUCGUCUUCGUUGGCGGGGUUCGAUGCCGUGAAGGCGGUCGCCGGGUCGUCGUUUGUCUUCGUGAUCGAUGCUUGCACGGAGGAAUCGGAGUUCCGGGCGCUUAAAAAUGAGAUCUUGCAUGUGGUAGCGCAGCUUCCGGAGAAUGCGCUUGUCGGGCUGGUCUCGUUUGGUGCCAUGGUGUGGGUGCAUGAUCUUGGCUUCAGUGAUUGUUCUAGAGUUGUGGUGCUGUGUGGUGAUCGCGAGCUUAGCUCAGAGAAGAUUCAGGACCUUAUGGGCAUUUCUCGCCAACAUCAUCGCAAAUUAGGAUUGUCUCAGUCACUUAAGCAAGGUUUUCUUCUUCCAGUAUCAGAAUGCGAGUUCAAUAUCACUACUGCUAUUGAAGAGCUUAUUUUAUUUAAUGCAUUACCUGGUCAUCGCCCUCAAAGAGCCACUGGUGCUGCUAUUUCAGCUGCAGUGGCUAUUAUAGAAGGCUGUGCCCCUAAUUCUGGUGGCCGAAUUAUGGUUUUCACAUCUGGUCCAGCAACUGUUGGUCCUGGGAUGAUUGUAGAGACUGAUCUUAGUCAUUCCAUUCGUACCCAUCAAGAUCUUUUAAGUGGCCAUGCACCUUUUGCUGAGCAAGCCCGUAGCUUCUACAGACAAUUGUCUCAGAGAUUAUCUGACAGAUCGCUUGUUCUAGAUCUAUUUGCUUGCUCCCUUGAUCAGGUUGGAGCAGCUGAAAUGAGAUUCCCUAUUGAGACAUCUGGUGGCUUAGUGAUGCUGAUGGAGACAUUCGAGUCAGAGCAGUUUAAGAAGUGUUUGAGGCACAUUUUUAAGCGUGAAGGAACUGACCAUCUCAAUAUGCAUUUUGAUGCAACCGUCGAAGUUGUGACUACCAAGGAGGUUAAGAUCUGUGGAGCUUUAGGGCCUUGCAUGUCUCUUAAGAAAAAGAACAGCUCUGUAAGUGAGAAAGAAAUCGGCCAGGGGGGGACAAACACAUGGAAGAUGAGCACACUAGCGAGCAAAACAUGCCUGGCCUUCAUUUUCCAAGUUAGCACUGCUCAAAAGGCCGAGCCAUCGAAGGUCUUCUUUAUUCAAUUCAUGACAAGGUAUCGCCAUGGAAAUGGUGGGCUUCGCUUGAGAGUGACUACGGCUGCAAGACGGUGGGCUGCAACCCGGUCGCCAGAAAUCGUGGCAGGUUUUGAUCAAGAAGCUGCAUCUACAAUCAUGGCCCGGCUUGCUAUUCAUAGGACAGAAGAAUACCAUGCUCGAGACGUUAUCCGAUGGUUGGAUAAGAUGUUAGUCCGCUUCUCAUCCAAGUUCGGUGAGUAUAUACCUGAAGAUCCAUCCUCCUUUCGCCUUUCUUCAAACUUCUCCCUGUUCCCUCAGUUCAUCUACUAUCUAAGAAGGUCCCAAUUUAUUGAUGUCUUCAACUGUGCACCGGAUGAAACUGCCUUCUUUAGGCUAAUGCUCAACAGAGAAGGGGUUGUCGGAUCCCUUAUCAUGAUCCAACCUACUCUUUUCCAGUACUCGCUCGAUGGGCCGCCUAUUCCUGUGCUACUUGAUGUCAGCUCAAUCAGACCUGAUGUUAUUCUUCUCUUCGAUUCGUAUUUCCAUGUAGUGAUUCACUAUGGUUCAAAGAUUGCACAGUGGAAACAACUUGGAUAUGACAAAGAUCCAAGCCAUGAGAACCUAAGAAAACUACUCGAGGCACCGGAAUUGGAUGCGAAAGCACUUGUUGAGGAUCGAAUUCCUAUGCCGAAGCUCAUUCGAUGUAAUCAGCAUGGGAGCCAAGCAAGGUUUUUGCUUGCGAGGCUUAACCCGUCUAUUACUCAGAAGUCUCAGUUGGUGAAUGGGUCGGAGAUUGUAUUUACAGAUGAUGUGAGCUUGCAAGUUUUUAUAGAGCACUUGCAAGCUUUGGCUGUGCAGGGUUGAUAACAAGGAUGGGGUGUUUUUAACUGUCCUUUUGUUUUGUGAAUAUUAGAGGUUCAUACGGCUGUUUACUAUGCUUU